UCGUCCUGACUGAGAGCGAGCAGUGUCAUGGAAACGGCGCGUCCAGCGAAACGUGGAAGACAAGCGGCGCAAGAUUUAAGUCGGUAAAAUAAAUUAAUAAAACAAGAAGCGUAGCAGCACCUUUAGCGUCUUGGAGGAAAGUGUCGCGUGAACCAUCGUGUGGCUGCCGUCGGACGCGCGAGGAACUUGGACAGCUGCGUGUUUUCAAGCAGCGCGAGCCAUCAACAAAGAAUGAAGGCGUUCAAACGAGGCCUGGAAGACGGGUGUCAGCCCGAGCAGGAGAACUUCUCAACUAUGUCAGGCACUGAUGAGGAGUUGCCACUCGACCUAUCAGGAAGAGGCCUCAAUAGGAAGCGUCGUCGCCGUGGCAACCUGCCGAAAGAGGCUGUGCAAAUUCUCCGGAGCUGGCUGUAUGAGCACCGCUUCAAUGCCUACCCAUCAGAGCAGGAGAAACUCAGUCUGUCAGACCAGACCAACCUCUCUGUGCUGCAGAUAUGUAACUGGUUUAUCAAUGCUCGUCGCCGCCUCCUCCCUGAUCUACUCCGCAAGGAUGGCCAAGACCCAGCCAAGUAUACUAUCUCCCGUAAGGCUGGCUGUAAGAGUGAGGGCCACUCAGCUGCUGGAGGUGCAGGCAGCUUUCCGGGAAGCCCUCCUUCUAAACCCCAACAACGCCCAUCUGUCAUUCAUUCUGCUCCUACUUUGGACCUCAGUCUUCUUGGAAACACUGCAACAGCUAUUCUGGCAGGAGCAGGCUACCCUGAUAAAGGAGGUUCAGUCCAAGCUCUGAUGGAGCUGGAUACACAAAGUCUAUUGAGGGAAGUGAAGGAAAUGGGGUUGAGUAAGACUUGUGUCACUACCAGCUCAACAAUUGCAUCUAGCCUCACAAGUGGCUUCUUCAACACGCCUCCUCCCACUCCUCCUGAACUAGUUCAUGUCCAGGAUUUCAGUGACUUACAGCUACUUGUAGAUGCAGCACUGCAGAGGGCAGCAGAACAAGAGAAUCUGAAGAAAAUUGAAGAGGGUCAGACCAGACCUACAGAGGCUGCAAAGGUUGACACCAUGGAGUUUCAGUGCUUUUCUUACAGCAGUAGCAUGGGACCUGCUCCACCUUCUGAUUGGAAACAGGAAGUCAUGGAAGCCAGCAGGGUGCAGAGUUUGAUGGAGAAAACCAUGGCAAUGUCAGUGUCAUCUGACCCUGUAAAAUUUCCAGUGCCUCUAUCUUCAACAGCCUCUACAUCAGUUUUGACACCAACAGUAGUCUCAUCCCCAAUGCAUUCCCCUCUCUCAAUGAGUAAAGUCAUAUCACCAUGUGAAUUUAUUAGCUCCUUGGAGAAGAACACUGCCAGAGCCUUCCACAAAAACCAGCCCCAAAUCAUUUCAGCACAUCUGCCAGCUUUAGUGCCAAUGUCUGCCUCAGUCUUGGAACAAACACAGAAGUCUGCUGCUACGCCUGAACCAAGCUCGGCUCCAGCUUACAUGCCCACUAUGUGCCCUUCAAGUUCUUCAGUGCCAGAUACAAGACCAGUGCUAUCACCGGUUCUUUUCCCAGUCCCAGAUUCCACCUGCUCACUGAUACCUCUUCAAAGCCAAGCUUUAACCCCAGCUGUGACCAUUGUUCCACCUGCGCCAUCUUCAGCCAUAAAGCAGAGAGGAAUUCCACUAUGUUUGCCAUUCCACAACCCCCCUGUACACCCUGUCACAGUUCCGCAUCCAGAACCUGUCUCAAGUUCUGCAUCAUCUUCAGCCAUUAUUGCCAACCCAGUCUCAGUCUUAACACAAGCUGCAACUCCACUAUCUGGUUCAGCCCAAAUGUUCUCCUCCACACCAGUGAUGACGUCUCUCCUUGGCCUUAGUUCCCACCUUAGCCCUUCAGCUCUUCAGCCCUCUUCCCCAAGCAGCAGCAAUGGAAGAAGUAAUGACCAGAGGAAUUCGGCAGUAGUGCCCACUGUUUGGAGUGUGAUCCAUGCUGACACCACACAACCAAGUUCCCAUCCAGUGAUAAAGGGCUCAGUGUGGGCCCCAAAACAUGGCCUGCACACAUUGAGUGAAACUGUUAACUAGGAGCUGGCAUGACGUCAAAGAAAGGUCAGAUAUUUCCUAACACUGUACAUAAGAGAAUGUAUCCAAGUCACUAGUACCUUUGCUGUUGCUGGCAUUGCUGUUGGCUGCCAAUGCAUGAGCAAACUGAGGCAAGGUGAACUGGUGAACAUGAUGGGAUUUUAGAGACAUGUCUCAAGUUACUUUUUAUUAUCAGUGUCAGCAGUUGUUGGCAAAAAUCACUUUAAUGCUGAUUCUUAACAUGAGCGUUCCACUGUCCAGAGUAAAUACAACAGAGAAGUACAGUGCUUUCAACAAUACAUCAAGCCUUUUUUCUGUUGUAUAAAUCUGUGAUCAUGGUUUGGGUCAGUUCCAGUUCCUGUUUUACACACUGCGGUAUAAUCCAUUCCAAUAUUUACUGCAUUCAAAUCAUAAGUAUCAAUUCAUUAAACCUCAUGUCCAGUUCAGUGUCACUGCUCAUCAAAGAUACUGCAAAAUAUGUAUUAUUCUUUGUUUUUUUUUAAAAAACAUUAAAAAGAAGCUCAAUCAUUUAAAGUGAAAAUACCAUUAAAUCUAAAAUGAACUGUGCACAGUACAAGUGUGAAUUCAGUGUUAGAUUAUUGACCAUUUUAAUUUGAUUGCACCUGAUAAGCAUAAAAACAGGUGGCUCUUUUCAGGCAGCUUAAUUGUUAGCAUACAAACCCUGAACUAAAACUGAUUUUCUUUAAUAAUAGCAGGAACUAGUAAUUGAAAUUUAAGGAUAUUUGCUUUGAAGAUUCUGAGUCACGUCUUUUUAUUAUUAUUAUUAAUUUGACUGAGCCGGAACAAACCGCCAUUAAAAAAUAGUUUAUUUAUACAGUGUUUACGAUGGGGAAUGUGUCCAGUUGAAUGUUAUAUACUGAAUGAAUGGAAUUGAAACAGAGUUUGAUACUGUAACAAAAAAAUACCUUGUUCACUGCUUUCGGAAAUCUUGAAUGCACAUCGCCUUCACUUGUUUUUCUGAUUGUAGGUGGGUUUGACCCCAGCCAUGCCUGUAAUUGGUGUGAAUUUGAUCACCGUCUGAGUCGGAACAGUUAGCAGCAGUACUGAAAUUCUUUGAAUGUACAAAGUGACGUGACUGUUUGUUGUUCAUUACUCUCAAGACAAAAAUGAUUUUUCUCAUCACAUCGUAGUCCUUUUAUAAUUGUGCAAUUGAAAAUAUUUUAAAUUUUGCAGUUUAUUCCUUUUACUGGGUCCCCUGCUUUCCUGAUUUUAUAAUAGAUAUACACGAAAUGCAAAGUGAUGUUGCUGCAGUCGUUCUGAUGGCACAGUUUGCUGUGAUGCCUAAUUCUGAGAAUCCUAUUGGCCUUUUUCAGUUCUUGUUUUUGGUAAAUUUAUCUUUUAAUUGAUGAUUGUUUUCCAACAACUUCUCCUUUUGUUAGACACUGGUUGUCUGUGUCUUGAUGUGACCUUGAUCAGUUGCGUGUAAUUUGUUAGUAGGAGGGCUGUGAAGAUUGGCUGAAUAGAGGGAGGACACAUUGGAUCUGUUGCAGAAAUCAAUAGCAGUGGAGCAGCGAGCAACUUGGUGAAGCGUUGACAUCAGUCUCUUUCAGCUCCUGUAAUGAAAUGUGAAACUUGCUGAGAUGUGCCUACCUUUAUCUUUUAUGGUGCAAAA